AAAGGUUGAGUCGUGAUGGGACCAUUAGUCUUUAUAUUUCUUAUCCCUGGAUGCCUAGGGGAGCUGUUUGUCUCUCCUCCAAUCUUCUCAGGUAGUGUGUGGAAAAUAUCAGUUUUCUUCAACAAGCUGAAGAUGCAGGGACUAAACCUUCUCCUGGUCCUAGCCAUAGCACUGGGCGUGUCUGCCAACUGUCCUGGAAACAUGGAGAAUAUUCACGGAAAGUGUUAUAUGUUCGACUCUGCUAGUUCAAGAGAAGACGCUAAAGCUAAGUGUGAAGCUGAGGCUCCAGGAAACCAUCUCUGGUUGAUCAAUGAUCAGCAAGAGAUGGAAAAUAUUCUGGAGUGGUUCACAAAGAAGAAUGAGGGAAAGCUGAUUAAACCUUGGGCCUGGACUGACGGGAUUAAAAAACCUCACACCGAUGAUAUCUGGAUCUGGGAAUCCACAGGAGCAAGGAUCAAUCAUGUACCUGAUGGUGCUGAAGGACAAAUCUGUGACGGACAAUGUGUCAGUCCUGACUGUGGAACUGCUACCAUGGGAGACUGUGUAACCUUGAGCGUGAAUGACCUGGGAGCCCGGAGCUACCAGGGUUGUGCCUGUGACGAGGACGGAGAUAUCAUGUUCGUCUGCGAAUCUCCGGAUGAGGUGGAUUGGGAAUGUCCGGAGGAGAACGGAUUCUUUCCUUCAGCUCCCUGCUCAGACCUUUGGUAUAACUGCUGGGAAGGGCAUGCUACCCCUGAAUAUUGUGAUGAAGGAAUAGUAUUUAACCCUGAAGUCCAGUAUUGUGACUUCCCCGGAAAUGUAGAUGGCUGCUAAACUUUAAGAUUUAAAUUGGUUAAUUAUUUAAAUAAAAAUCAAUUAAUUUUAGUAAAAA